UUCCAAACUAGUUGUGAUGUCACAAAAUCCUGCUCCAACAUAAGCAUCUUAAACUGAGAUUUAAGGUGAUCACAGAGAAGCUGUCCUCCUUCACCAGAUGAGUGUCAAAACACUGUCACAGACAUCAUUCGGUGCAGUGAUACAUCCAAGGAAGGUAACAAAACAAAAAUAUAAUUUUGGAUGGAGGUGCACUUUAACAAAAUACUGUAGAAAACCACUGCAUGCUUUGGAAAAUGUCUAUGAUGAUACAGCUUGAAGCAAUUUGUGAAAAGAAGCCUAAAAAUACCAGUAUGGGUCUUAAAAAGUAAUGACAAAAAAUAUCCUUCUUAGGUAUCAAAUGCAUCACUUUUACAGUGACUGCUUAUCAGAGCUGCAGUAUGGCCUCAUUCAGUCAGAGGGGGAAUUAUUAUGAGACAAAUGUGAGUGAUUGUGGACACAAAAAUAAUGUUUUUCAUCUUGGAGAAGGCAGCACUGACAAAUACCGAUACAUGGAAUCUGGAAGACAGAUGUCCGCUUCUGAGCUCACAACACUACAGUGUGCCAGUCAUGUAAUGGCAAUGAGGAGAUCAAUGGGAAUCAUUUUCAGCCCGAUUAGGUCGCAGAAACAGAGCAAAGCCUUCAGCACUGCUACACAAAACUGUACCAUGUGAACAUACAGUCUCAAAAUGCAGAAAAUAUGGUAUACAGUCAAAGAUAAAUACAAUAUGGUUGUUACAGUACACACUCCUGACUUUCAAUCUCAGCUUUGUUCAUCAUCUCACAAGAAACUGCUUCUGCAGCCGCACUUCACCACAGCUGUCUGACUGGUGUUGAACUGAGCUGUGCUGAAUGUGUGUGCAACCCUUUCUACAGGAGACAUUAGAAAAUCACCAAGAGUGUCUAAAGAAGCAAAGAGAUGCAGUUAAAUACAGACUGAAAAAGCUGGCAGCACGACAGUCAGAGAUCACAAAAAAGUCCUCAGUGAUAAGGGAGAACAUCAUACGGAAGUACCAGGAGAUCCAGGCCGUCUUAGACGAGGACUUGAGGAUUACCCUGUCCCACCUGGAGAUGGAGGAGCGGGCUGCUGUCUGUGCUCUGGAUGGACUGAUGGAGAAGAACUGUUCUCUAAUCCAGGAGAUCGAGCAGGACCUGGCCAGACUCACUGUGGCAAUGGAGCAGACCGACACAGAGCCUGACACAAUGUCUUUCUUUUCAUACCCUGAGCAGCAAGACAUGGAGACAGUGGACAGAGUAAUGGACUUGCUAAACAGGACGGACCCGAGCAGUGUGAGCCUGGAUGAAGUUAAAGCUGACCAGAUCCUCAGCCUCGCCAACAACAUGCUUCUGCUCAUCAGCUCACAGACUCCUAUAAUAAAGAAACUCGCCAAGAGUUAUUCCAGUGAGGUGAGUCUGGAUCCAGACACAGCCCACCCAAAGCUGAUCAUCUCCCCCGAAGGUGACAGUGCCAUCUACACAGACACCUGGCAGCAACUCCCUGACCUCCCUGGACGCUUUGACACCACCCUCAAUGUCAUCAGCUUGCAAAGCUUCAGCUUUGGUCGCCAUUACUGGGAGAUUGAUGUGACUGGGAAGACUUACUGGGAACUGGGUGUCACCCAUCCCAACCUUCCCCGUAAGGGAACCACUGAGGACUGCUGGCUGGGCCGCGGGGACGAGUCCUGGUGCGUGGAGUUCUUUGAUGGGGAGUAUACAGCGUGGCAUGGAGGCGUGCCCCACCAGCUGCCUUUCACAAAACGCUUCUGUCGGAUUGGUGUUAUGUGUAGUUUCCCUGCAGGGUUGGUGACGUUCCUUGAGGCAGACAACAUGACACCGCUGUUCUCCUUCUGUGCAGGGACCUUCUCGGACUGCCUCCACCUGGCCCUGUGUCCUGGUCAUGACCACAAUGGCAACAAUGCUGAGCCAGUUGUAAUCUGUAAUGAUCCAUCUCCUACCAGUGAUCUCUGAUCAGUGGUUCAAAAAAAAAGAAGCUUUUAGUAACUCCCUGCUACGGCACCAUUUUAUAAUAACGCACCAGUAGAGUGCCACAAGGAUGAUGUUUUUUCUGUAGACCAACCCAGAUGUUAAUGUAACCGUGGUUCCCUCGUCAAAAAGCAUAUGGGAUUUUUCCAUUUUGGAUCAUUGCAGAAAAUAAAUUCUGUGGCAAGCACAUGUUUAUGAUACUUAUAUGUUCUGUUCAACAAGAUAAUCUUCACUAAUGAACACCACUAAGCUAAAACGACCACACUAAGGUUGGGUCGUCACCACUACGAGACUGUAAAGCCGUGUUCGGCGUGAUGAAAUUUUGUAGUCCCAUUUAGCCACUUGAUAGCAAGCUCUGUUUUUUAGACCCAUGAGCUUCAAAGUUUGCCAGUGGGGUACUUACUGACGUAUUUUAUGUUGCAGAACAAAAUGUGAAAGUCUCUUUACCUUGUAGCCGCAGACAUAACUUCUAGGGGUGUAAUGAUCCAUCGAUCUGGACUGAUACAUUGAUUCAAUGAGCAAUGAUCCUGUAUCAUCCAUGCGAAGUGUAAACAUUGAUCCAUAUCAUCCUCUAUCAGAUGCACCUUUAUUUUGAAAAUUCUGUGUUACCAUCACAGGCAGAUGAUGAGAAGCAGACAAGAGACAGGUGAUGAGAAUAACGCUAUUUACUCGUGAAUAAAUCAUCACUCUGGAAAUGCUUUGUUUUCUGAGAAACUGCGAGUCAACAGGUCAACAGACAACGUGUUAUAUGUAAACAAAAGCAGUACUCAGAAACGUCACAUCCUGUCAUGGGCUAACCUCGCUCCCUGCUAAUAGCAGCAUUAGCUGCUCAUUUUCAAAAAUGUUUGGCUGAAAAGACGUACAUGCAGACUUUAAUUCAACCGUGCUGUUUUGUCGGGAGAUGUGGUGACUUAAACCAGUGGUGAGUAAGAAAAAGCAUAAAUAAUACAUCUAUGGGUUAAAUUAUGGGUGGAGGAAAAGUCCGCUAGCCGCUAAGAUAAUUUGUGCAAUUUAAAAAGCCAUAGGCUUAUGCUAAUAACAUUAGCAUGUUGUAUAUAU